CACCACUCAACUCAACCAAGCUUCUCUCUCUUUCUCUCUCUCUCUCGAUCAAAAUGUUGAAGUUCAUUGCUUUUCUUUUCUCACUUGUUUUUAUUUUCUUGUCCCCAACAACCGUGGGAGCAAGCUACAAUGUUGACGAUUUUGGGGCCAAAGGUGAUGGCAAAACUGACUCCACCCAUGCCUUCUUGGACGCAUGGACAGGAGCUUGUGGCUCAUCUUCUCCGGCAACUAUCUAUGUGCCACCGGGAAGUUACUUACUCGGUCGUGCAGUCUUCAGUGGAGAAUGCAAGAACAAUGAUAUUACCCUACAAAUCGAUGGGACACUCGUGGCCCCUUCAGAUUACAGUGUUCUUGCUAGCUCUGACUCCUGGCUUUCCUUUCAAGGCGUUAAUGGAGUUUCGAUCAACGGAGGUACACUUGAUGGCCAAGGUUCUGCCUUGUGGAAUUGUAAAUCUUCUGGGAACAGUUGCCCCUCCGGAGCCAGGUCAUUGACUUUUAUGAAUUCGAAGAACAUCGUGGUCAAUGGACUAUCAUCGAUCGACA